CUGCCUGGUGGUAAAUUAAAAAUUAAAGGUGAUCAGAGUGGGGACGAGGGUGUGGAAGUAGAACUUCCUCCAAUCACAGGACAAUUAGCAGAAUGGGGCACAUUAACAAAAACUUUAGCUGAGACUUUUAGCCGAGUUGCAAGCAGAUCUGAAGAUCUCCGUCGUUACCAAUCAGUGAUACUCAGCAGUCUCGGUAUUUCCGAGGUUUCCUGGUGUCAACCCUGGAGUGCCCAGGAGUGUUAUUCUCAUUCUGACCGAGCUGAAUACUUUUUAGACCUGUCCUUACCUGUGGCUGCAUUUCGUCCGCAGCCACCAGCUAUCGUCCGUAGGAAAACUAACGAGGAAAACAAUACUAAUACACAAGAAGAGAAGCCGUCUAAACAUCAGUUGAAGAAAGAGAGAUAUGCUAAUCGAAGAGUUGCCAGAAAGAGUCAUAAAGAAUCGGAUGCUGAUGUUGAAGAUAAUUUGGAAGAUCAGCCUCGACAGACGGACACGUCGACAUCCGUCGGCACGCAGGCCGUCGCACACACGGCCGCCAACUUCGCAGCCUACCACAUGGAGUCAGGUUACAACUCGAGAAAGUCAUCAGCUCAGACUCGAUCCGCACCAGUCCUGUGGAUUUGGAUAAGAAAAAACAGACAACACACCGGAGACGACGGACAAAGAUAA